AUGGUGGGACCUGCAAACAUAACAAGGGUAAUUUUGUGGGGGGAAAAGGGAGUAAUUAAUAAUAUUGGUAAUAUACAACUCGGGUUUAAUUAUCUUAUUGAUUUUGACCACGAAAGAGGCGGUGAGUUGAUAUUUGGGUCAGAUUAUGGGAUUUAUAUUGCUAUAACUAGACAAAGUACAAGUUUAGGAAGGGAAGUUGGUUAUGGUGAGAUGCAAGAAGCUCUUAUACGUAAAAAUUUUGCCGAAGAGAAAUAUUUAAAUAACGCGGUUAGAGUACUGAGAGCCAGUUAUAUAAAGGAUCGAACAAUUGAGUUUGAAAAUGAACAAGAUGAAGAAAUUGCUAGAUUAAUUGAGAUCGAUGAUGGUAUUUAA